AUAUAAUUGUCAAAUGCGGCUGCGGCGUAAGGAGUUAAGGAAAGGCUGAAUUUUGCGAUUAAAAGAAAAGAAAAUGUGGUUUAGAGGCGGUCGGGAGAGAGUAAAAUAAAUUACAGUUCCUUUUCCUUAAAUUUAAGUUUUAUUUAUAAUGUUACGGCUACUCUGUGUAUUUUUAUUAGCGACCGUCAAAGUUUCACAUUGCUUUUCCGAUGUUGGGAAAUGGGAUUUGCCGUUGAGUGGGGAACUAUGCCAGUUUACGCUGGCUAAAUCAUUAUUUAAAGAAUCCAGAGUCAUAGUAACAAUUGCCUGUGACAAUGUGGACUCUAACCUGACUGUGUCAUACCGUUGGGAGCAAAGCUCAUGUUCUCCUGACUACUUCCAUUAUUUUGAAAAGCGUAUUGUAGUAUGCACAAAGCCCCCCAGCGAUGUGGGCAACAGAACAAUGCUUCCCCAUGCCAAUGGCGAGCGCAGGAUCGCAUGCCCAAGCAAGCACACCAUACCCAUUCCAGAUGACGGCGCUAUUGCCAAAGCUGAUGGCAAGAAAGAGGCUGGGAUCACUGCACAAUCUAAAUUUCCCCCACUUAUCACCGUGGAUAAGGAGGGUAUCUACAUUUUAAGCAUGGCAGUGCUAAGUACGACUAAGUUUAAUGGCACAGUGCAUAUAGAGAUGGUGUCCGGCAGCAGUUACCUAUCUGCUGCCAUCUACCCCUUAUUACCGUUGUUCGGCGUGAUGGGCGCCGUGUACACGGUGCUGUGCGCGGGCUGGCUCACGGUGUGCGCGCUGCAGUGGCGCGACCUGCUGCGCAUCCAGUACUGGAUCGGCGGCGUGGCGCUGCUCGGCAUGGUGGAGAGCGCUACUUACUACGCUGUAUACUCCUCCAUCGACCGCACCGGAUACUUCAACGCGGAGGCGUACAUGUUCGCGGAGUGGAUGUCCGUGGCGAAGCGCGCGCUGGCCCGCAUGCUCGUCAUCAUCGUGUCGCUCGGCUUCGGCAUCGUCAAGCCGAGGUUGGGGCCGGCGCUGCAGCGCGUGGUGGGCACCGGCGUGCUGUGGGGCGUGCUGGCCGCCAUCGAGGCCUGGCUGAGGCUGCACCACAAGGCUGAUGACUCGAAUCGCGACCUGCUGCUGUCCGAGGCGCCCAUGUCGCUCCUGGACAGCGCCAUCUGUUGGUGGGUGUUCGUCUCGCUCGCACACACCAUGCGCACGCUGCAACUGAGGAGGAACUCGAUCAAGCUGUCCCUGUACCGGCACUUCACGAACACGCUGAUCUUCGCCGUCAUCUCCUCCGUGGUGUUCAUGCUGUACUCCAUUAAGGCCUUCCGCGUCCUCCCCUGCAUCACUGACUGGAAGGAGGUGUGGAUGGACGAGGCGUACUGGCACAUCCUGUUCGCCAGCGUGCUGACCGUGAUCAUGGUGCUGUGGCGGCCCACCAACAACAACCAGCGCUACGCGUUCACGCCGCUGCUCGACAACGCGGACGACGAGGAUGACGAAGAAGAAGAGCAGUUCGUAAACGACGCGUACGGCGUGAAGAUGCGCAGCUCGAACUCCGGCACCGGCGAGGAGCGGGAGGCGCCCGAGCCGACCACCAACUCGCUGGACUCCGACCUGCGCUGGGUCGAGGAGAACAUCCCCACCAGCACGCUGCCGCUGCUAGACUCCGACGAGGAAAUCAUCAACACAAAGUUCGAAGUGUCCAAGAUGCAGUAAACAAAGUUACUUAAAAUAUACGUGUAAAGUAUUUAAAA